AUGUCGCGCGUGCGGGCCUGGGCGACGCCUUUGCCCAACGGCAACUUGGAGGUCGCCGUGUGGAACUCCGCCGGCGAGGGCGCCGCGGCCGUCAUCUUCUCCCUCCGCUCCUCCCACCCGAGGUGGUUCGCGCCCGUCGGGCCCCUCCUCCCCGACGGGGUUCUCCUGCCGGGCGAGAGGCAGGCGCUACUGCUGGACGUGCUGCCGGAGUGCGCCCGGCGGAGUCGUGGGCUUUCCGCGUCGGCCUCGGCGUCGCUCGGGCAGAGCCCCUCCGCGGCGUCCCACGAGCGGCUCAGUGAUGUGCACCUGAUCGAGACUCCGAGGGCCGGCGCCGCCAACGUGGCGCGCGUGUCGGAGGAUGACAGCCCCAGGUUGAGGGAGCGGCUUAGGAAGGGGUGCCUCGGCGUCUGCCACGGCGCCCCCGACGGGGUUUUGUCCUCCCAGGACUCCUCCUUGACGGCCUCGGUGCGACGGUACAGCGGGGAGCUGUCCGAAGUUGACGGCUCCCCGCAUCUGCCGUUUGUGGUGAGCGUGCAGGGCGCGGCCCACGACGUCUCCCCAUGCCCUUACUUUUUUGUUUACUACGGGCAACUCGGCGACGGCGACGCCUACGUGCAUGCCGCCUUGAAGUGGCUGAAGCGAGAGCAGCAAAAGUGCCUCUGGGGGCGGCAAAAGGCACUCAGGCAGCUGCGGGAAAGCGGGGAGCCGGAGGACUACCUGCCCCCAGUGCUCGGAAGGCCGGUGCGGUGGCUCAAAAACAUGGACGGCGGCGUGGCUCCCAACGGCGGUUUCCAUGCGUCCCAAAGGCCUUACAGUAAAAGCUCCGCCCGAAUGUUUGCGGGUCGUCGCUGUAGCAACGGCUGCGUCAUAGUGCCCUGCCGGCCCCUCCACAGAGGCGACGCUGCAGUGAAGGAGACGAAAGACUCGUCGGAGGGGGAAAGCACCAGGCUGUCCCUCAUAACAGACGGCGGCGACGGCGCAGCGGGGGAGGCGCGGCGGCAGUGCGGCCCCGAACGCCUGACCGGAAGCCCGCACUCUGAUGGAAACGGGGCCUCCCCGGUAGUGCUUUUUGCGAGCCCCGGCGCGGCCACCGCCUCACGCCCGUCGUCCAGCGGAAACAGGAAAGACGACAAGGUGCCGAAACUGGCGCCCUUGGCGCUCCCCGCCAGUGACAAACCGCUCGCGCCAGAGCAGCCGCCGGGGCCGGAGAAAACACUCUCCCCAGAUCUCCCACGCUUUGUCAAAUUUGAGCACCCCGCGAACUGCCACGCCCGCACCGAGACGGAGGCGACGGUGGAGAUGCUGGACCACACCGUCUGUGGUGACAGCCGCCCGAUGUUGGAGGAGCCGUGGCAGGGCAAGAAGAAGGACGAAGUCCCACCGCCUAGCAGUGCGGGGCCCACGGCCACCAACGUGCAAGCAGUUUCGCCACCGACGGCGUCCGCGGAGUGGCGGGUGGGUGAUUUCCUGGAAGAGCAGCUGGGGAACAUAUGGAACAGGAGGUUUGAGAAGAACGCCUCCAUAGACGCCGUGCGCGUCUCCCCAACUUCUCCGCUGAUGCCAGAGCGCGUGGGAGGACGGCGGCGGACGCGCCCACUAGAGGCGAGGAAGCAAAGCGGGGAACAAGUUGUGCAGCCACAAAUUCCUGCACUUGCACCACUGGCCAAACCUUCGGGUUUGGUGCGAGUUGCGGCGCCCUCGAGCCGUGAGAAGACCAUCGUGCAGCUUGGCGACGCCCUCUGCACGAUUGCCGUGCGGUCGGCCCCGCUGCUGCAGACCGCCAUGGGCGGCACCGUAAGCACCGUCGCAACGACAGCACAACUCUUUUGGGGGAUGAUCGAGGACUCGGUUGACAUCCUCCGCGCCGUUUGCAUCCCCGCACUGUCGAUUUUCUCGCUUUUCCUUCUCUGCCUGGUUUUCGUUCCGACGGAGGACGAGGAUGGGACUGCCAGCGUGAUGGAGCUCUUUGCGUGA